AUGGGCAUAUUGACCUUGGCAUUCCAGAACAAGCAUGUUUCAAGUAUCUUCAACUUUGAGCAGGCUGUUUGCGGCGAGGAUGCAAGCUCGCGCGAAGGUGCCGAUCAGCUGUUUGUGGCAUCAUACAUAAAUUUAUACACUAUGGAUCCGAAUUCGUCGGCACAUUGCACCUCACUGACUGCGCCUGACCCUCAAUCAUCCAGCAAUGGACAAUAUAAGCGACUACCUAGGUACGACAUCCGUUCCCAUCCUGAGACCCCAUCAUGA